UUUUCAUCAGUUGUCAAAUUAUAGCCUUAGAGGUUGGGUGUGCGGUUAAUUACAAUAAAAUCGUGUUUAUUUACGUCAAUAAUUCACAAAUAAAAAUGCCUGUUGAAUUAGAAUUCGACUAUGACGAGGCGACGGCCUCUAUGGACAAGUUUUCGCAAGACGAUAUCGACGAGUUACGAGCGUGGACAGAGAAAUUGGACAAAUCAAAAUGCGUACCAAAAGAUUUGACUGACAAACAAUUGUUGUUAUUUUACAACGCUUGUUAUGGAGAUAUGGACAAAACCAAAACCUGUAUGGAGAAAUACUAUGCGUGUAGGAAAAACGCUCCAGAAUUUUUCGACAACCGCGUCUUCAACACGCAAGAAAUGAAGUCGGCACAGGAUGUGUUAGAAUUCUCCUUCCUACCUGGCAGGUCGUGCGACGGUUACGCCAUCAUCUACCAUCGGCUGCACGAGACGGAACCUUCCAAAUAUAACCUAGAAGCAGGCGUCAAAUUGCUGUUUAUGACUGUUGAUGCAUGCUUAACCAAAAGAGGUCCUCAGCCCGGCUACAUAUUCCUCUUCGAUAUGAGAGGAGUGCGCUUCGGGCAUUUAACGCGUGUUAGUUUAUCAUCGUUAAAGAAGUUCUUCCAGUACGUGCAAGAAGCGAUGCCGGUGAGGAUGCGCGCCAUCCAUGUUUUAAACACAGAACCGGUGAUGGACAAACUGAUGCUACUCAUCAGGCCGUUUAUGGACAAAAAGUUCUUUGAUAUGCUAAAAUUCCACCAUAAAAACGAAGACAUGGAGAAGUUCUACGAGACGGUGAUACCCAGGUCUUCGCUCCCCCCGGACCACGGCGGCACGCUCCCCGACACCCAGACCCUGCACAAGAAAUGCAUGCAGCAGCUACAACUCCUGGAGCCGUACUUCAAGGCUGAAGAGGAGCAGAGGAUCAACGCUCUGCCAGAUAAGAAACGAGAGAAGGCCAUGGAGAAAGCCUUUAAGAAUUUGGACAUAGAUUAAUUUUGGUUUAUGUAAACAUACGGUGAUGUUUUCGCGCCAACUUUUCUAUAAGCAUAUUUAAUAGGCAAUCGCUAAUCUGUCUUAACGGCAGAGUUGUAUUUCGUGCGCGGUACGUCCGCUCUGAGGACCCAAGUUUGAAUCCCAGGUCGGGCAUAUAUAUUAUUUUUUUUGCUCAAUAUCAGCUCGGGUCCUGCAGUGCCCGAUACGAAUAUAGGCUCGCCCUCAAACACAUCACGAGGACACUCAUGGCGAAAAAUGGGUUCGGUUGUAACUCUGCCUACAAUUUGAGGGAUAAAAGGUGAUGCGUAAUAUCUUUAUUAAUAUUGGAUUAAUACUGCAUAAUAAUGGCAGUGUGAGGUGCGAUUGUUAUAUCCAUCCAGCUUUGUAAGUCGAAAGAAAUCUCAGGUAUUAUAAAUCCUACAACGUAUUUAAUGAAGUUUCUUUGUUAGAUAUGGUAGGAAGGUACUCUUACAAUUUUCGGGGACAUCUUACAAUUUUUAGGUUUGAGAGUGGCUAAGAAAAGCGGCAAAUAAAUUGCUGUUGGUAGGAUAUAUUUUAUAUCCGCUCGGAUAGCAACCACCGUACACAAACUGUUAAAACACGCCAUAGUGGCCCACAUAAGUGUCGCGUUUCGGGAUCAGCCUGCGUAUAUCCGGUUCCAACAGACCGGCAUAAUUGUGUCGACUGCCGAGCGGUAAUCUCUCGUCAGUCGACAUUCUAUCGGACCCCACUCCACUUACCAUUAGGUGUAAUGGGAUCGCAUUGUCAUGACCAUAAAAAUAAACUCAGCGAUUGAAGUACCCGAACAAGUUGGCCGCAAUUAUCGCUCGUAUGUUCCUGGUUUUAGCAUAUGUUAUUGAAUGCAUUUCGUACAUUUAAAAUGAAAGCUUGGUGUUUGUAGAUUUAUUGUUGCGUUAGUAAAUAUGUUCAUGUCGAUAACAUGCUAAUGUAGAAAAUGUCGGAUUAAAAAAUAUGUGUGUCGGACGCGUAUUUAGGAAAAACAGUUCCUUGGUGAGAAUAGCGAAAAAUAAAAAGCGGAAUAAUGUUUUCACUUUUUAUGGAACAUAGACGUAGUAAAAAAAAAAAUAUAUAUGACCUAUUUUUUUUUGCCAAAUCCUAAAUAAGCGCCUGACACAAUAAUACAUUAUAAUUGUAAUGUUUGUUCGUAGUAGAUAUUUAGCAGUUCGGACUCGUCUUUUUUAUCGACAUACUUCCUAAUAAUACGAAAAGUCUGUGAUUGGCAGCUCUCAGAAAAUGUGAUUAUUAUUAUUAAUAUAUAAAUAAAUAGCUUGUUGUGUUUAGAAAACAAUAGUGUAAACGUUUUGAAAAUGCUUACCCAUGCUGUGAUUAAUAAAAAGUACUAUUUCAUAAUUAGCGGUCGUGCUGGCAACACAGUAGCCGGCUAAGUUUAUUAUAAAAAUGGUAUAUUCUUUUUUUGAAUCGUUAUGGUAGUUUCGUACAAAUUCUAGAAUAGUUUUUUUUCCUUUAGGGGCAAUAAAUAUUUUUUACUUUAAUACCUUUUCAUAAUAAAUGCUAUUACUUUUGUAUUGAAGAAUAGUAGAAUGAAAAUUAAUGAUUGUAUUCAAAUCGGUCAAUGUACUACACAAAUUCUAAAUGUUAUUAGUGUAUAAAAAUUGUGAACUUCUAUAAAUCCUUUAUAUCUCACUGUAUGUGAAAAUAAUGUCAAUAUCUAAAGAUAAUGUUAUCGCAGUUUGCUGUUGGGCAAGAUUAUUUAGCAAAGUUAUAUUAAGAAAUUAUCGUGCUGAUAUAAAAUUGGCACAUUAUCAAAUUACCUUAAUUAAAGCAAUUAUUUUGUAAAAAUAAUAUUUUGUCAUAAAAAUAUCCUGAUCCAAAAGCAAUCAAGAAUAAUUCACAAUUAUAUGUGAAUUAUUCGUAAUCACUAUAAAACUAUAUAAGUUCAGGUUAUGUGAGCAAAGAUUUAAUUACUUAGAUAAAUUGUUAAGAAGCUAUUCCUUGCUUUUAAAACUGUAUUUAAAUGGAGCCGUUUGGUCAGUUGACUGUUGGCUCAAGCUAUGCAAAUAGAUUAUAGUAAAUAUCUAAACGUCCUAUUACGUUUAUGGCGUUAAUGUCACUACAUGUAGGUAUUUAAACAAGUAUUAAGAUUAUUCAAGUUUAUAUAUGACAAGUGUCGGGAUCUGAUUAGAGGUAACGAUUUUGUCUAUGUGGUAUACAUUAUAAAUAAAAAGUACAAAAUUCGUAAUAUCUGUAUUGACUAUGUAGAAUGCAUAUUUUUCUUAUAUUUCUUUAUUUACUGUUGACUAUAAUAUCUCAGAAUGGAGACAGUUUUCCAUACCAUAACUAUGUUGAUUAAGUACAGAAUAUUUGUACAAAAUAGAUCAACGUCGCACAAGGGCCUUAUUCUGUAUGAUACUGUAAACGCGUAAUGCGGCCGUGUCAUAUCUUCGUGAAAUUCACGUGGAAUGGUAUCCUGUAUGCCAAUUUCUAUUGUAAACAUGACGCGGUGCAUUACGCCAGUCAAAAUAACGUGUGGGGUGGAGAAUAAGGCCCCAGCUUUCCUUUACGUAGGACGAUAAUGGUGCCAACUAAUGGUCAAAUUAUACAAAGAAUAGUAAAAGGGGACGCAAUGACUAGUAAAGGACUGACAUUAAAAAGUGGAGGCGGAUGAACUCGGCCUUUCAUGAUACUUUAUAACUGAUU